AUGUACAGCCGGAUGCGGUACAUGGCGGCUGCGGGGGAGGCGGAGGCGGACGGGGAGCGAGAGAACAAGCGGCGGCUGCCUUCCGCUUCUGGUCCCGGCGACUUCCUCACACACAAGCGCACACGGCCUCUUCGAACGCACACAAGGCGUAUCUCCCCUAUUCAAACUCAAUCUCUGCUCACUGACACUAUGCAACUGUAA